AUGCGACUCUGGCUGGCGGACUACCAUGUUGUGUCGCUGGUAUCACAAACUCCAUUUUCUAGCACCCAUAGGGUUACUUCACGUGACACUAAACAGAAUUUCCUUGCGGAGACGAUCGACAUGCGGAAGUUAUCCUCUGAUGAGCAGCACCGCUUUCGGGAGUAUGUCGAACUAUAUCGGCGCUGCAAUUGCAACAACCUUAUGCGGAUUUACAAGAUUGUUGAGAAUAAGAACAAGCAGCGAAUAACAAUCGUAAUGGAGCAGUAUGGAACGGUGACCCUUGCAGACAUAUAUGAGUCUUACAAGAAGGCGGGCCUAGCGGUUCCCGAGCCUGUCCUCUGGAACACUGUAGCCCAAAUAACAGUCGCCCUCAAUGCGCUGCUAGAACAGGAUAAGUCCUUUCAACAUGCAAAUAUACACCCUUCUAACUGUUUUAUUGAUCAAAGCACGGGGAUCCUACGCUUGGGGCUCUUCCUACCAUUUUUGCUGAAAUAUGAGAAGGAAGAGCAGAGCACUAGAGAAAGCAUUACGGGGUUAAUAGAGCGGGUGCAGAAGAAGCUGCAUGGAACUAGUGUAACCCAUGCUAGCUGUGUCCAGAACUUUGCAGACUACGGUCAAAGACUGACGCUUGUCUUGCCCCCAGAAGUGUUCCAAGGCCAAGGAAUACUUCCUGUCUCUGACAUGUGGAUGCUUGGGUGCUUGUUAUUUGAGGGCUGCAACGGCUCAAAUCCGUUUUUGGAAGGGGUCAGCACUAUUUCUUCCGUGACCAAUCCGCCCUAUAACAAAAGGUGUGAUGAAGCAUCAGAAUCAUUUGCUAAAUAUAAUGGUGCCAUAAGUGAUCACACACAGUACUUCAUCUCAGAACGUCCAAGUGCACUGUUAGAGCUUAAUUGCAACGCUAAAAGCAAGGGGGUCCAUGAUGAUUGCCCCGAUAUCACCCUGGUGGAUAGUCAGGAUACUCCUCGAUCAAUCCCUACUGUUCCCCACACCUCUUUAGCAUCUAUGGCUAUUCUCCCGUCUAUCAGCUUUGCCACAGCCUCUAUGAACAAGGAUACUAGUUUUGAGAGCAUGCUCACUGAGACGUCACAUGCUCAAUAUAACUUUGAGCAGUUUGUUCAACACGUGCUUACUGGAAAGAGAGCCCCAACGAAUCCCGCUUACUCUCGAAAUCUCCAGAUGAUGAUAAAUCUUUGUCUAAAUCAAAAUAUAAAAACACGCGUGACGUUAGACACACUCUGUCGACAUCCACUAAUAGUCAAAUUUUUGACGAGCUCUCGAGAUGAAAUGGUAGCCCGAGGCAAACUGGUUCUGUAUACUGUACCUCAAGACCAGCUCCGAACGACAAAACGAAUUAGUAUCUCAGACCUCAAGGAGGAGGCUUCUUCGGAACAAUUUCUGGAUAACAUGAGACAGUCAGAGUCAUUGAUGCUCUGUCCCAUCACAGAACCAGAUGCUUCUGAUUUUCCUUCAAGAGAGCUUAAGCACUUGUUUAUAGAACGGAAUUCAAGGAUCAAUGGCUGGAAUAAUGUUGGCCAAAAGGCGUAUCUCACCGAACCGGAUGAUCAGGAGGAGUCGAGUGAUUUAUUUCCGGAUGAGUUCGAGGCUCUGUGUACCACAAAUCUCAGCACAACAAGCGAUUCAUGCACACAGUCGGAGAGCAGCAACGAGAAUAAUGUUGUUUGUGACUUCGACAACCUUAUUAGUGGGAAGAAAGAGGAGGAACCCUUUACAAUACUCAUGAUUGCAGCCCUUAAGAACGACAUAGACCUUAUCAAAGAGAACCGGAAGAGCGACCUUCGUAGGCGGUGCCCAUCAGGAAAAACUGCUCUGAUGUUUGCUGCGCAACAAGGACACACAGAGGCCGUUCAGUUGCUCCUCAAGGAAGCUGGGAUGAAAAAGCGUAGCGGGAAGACCGCCCUCAUGAUAGCUGCUGAGCUUGGUCACCACAGUGUCGUCUCUCUGCUGGUUAAGGUUGAGGGAGGAAUCCAGGACAAGGAUUUGUGGACAGCCCUCAUGAGGGCGGCCUGGUUUGGCCACUCUCUAUGCUGCGAAUAUCUUGUGACUGAAGAAGGAAGAUUUACCCGGAGAAACGGAUGGACAGCGCUUAUGUGCGCUGCAUACCGCGGGCACGCAAACGUAUGCAGAGUCUUGGCCCCACGAGAAGCAGAGAUGUAUACAGACGCUGGUUACACCGCUCUCAUGUACGCUGCUCGCUACGGGCAUUACGAGUGCUGUAAGGUGCUUGCUCGCUAUGAGACUGGCAUGAAGAAUAGGCAUAGGCAAACAGCGCUAACAAUAGCUGCAGAGCGCAUGCACGGAGACAUUGCUAUGCUCUUGCUAAAUGCAGAAACAGAAGCUUGUGAACAAAGGGAUAGGUCCCUCCGACUUUCACAAUCCAAAAUGAGUCACUGUACUCCCUGUGGAUCUAUUCGGAACUCUCCACACGGUGGUUCAGUCGGGCCUAUGACACCCUAUAGACCCUUUGGAACUACAUCCAAACAGGGAACAGAACCAAGCAACACAUCGAUAGAAAGGGACAGACUACACCUUUCAGAUCUGUACAAAAGCGAAACUGCAGUAACUCGUUCGGACACACACCGGAAAAAGGAGACGGGAGAUUCAGCAUCUUAUGUGUCUUCUAUGGAAAAGGCGUCAUCUCUCUCCCUCUCUGUAAAGAGCUCCUUUGUUGGCGGAUCCUUCUAUAAAUCUGAUAGUGCAGCAAGUAGUAGAGUCGUUAGUAGACCUGAAAGUGCAGACAAGAGACUUACAAAGUCAGUGUUAUCUACACCCACCUUACGGUUGAACUCUCUAUUGAGCGGGCAUGUAAAGCCCACUCUAAGACAGAGAAGCGAUUUCCGGACCAACUGUACAAUUCUCACAAAGCAGUCAGAAACUUAUACAGAAAUGAUGACAGCUGCUCUGAAAGAGGAUUUGCGGGAGAUAAAUAGACUGAUAUCGCGACAAGCUGCCAUUCAAACAGAAAGGGGGAGAACAUGUCUCAUGCUCUGUGCAGAGAAAGGGCUAGCCCAUUCUGUAAGAUUGCUAGUCGGACGCGAAGCAGGAAUGCAAGACAACUCUGGUUGGACAGCGCUCAUGAAUGCCGCAGUUUCUGGAAAGGAAAACGUGGUCCCCCUUUUGUCAACUUCAGAAGCCAGGAUGCAGGAUCACGUGGGGAAUACAGCGAUGAUGUUUGCCGCUCGCUAUGGCCAUAUUAACAUAGUCAAGGCUUUGAUGUGCUAUGAAUUAGGAAUAAAAGAUAGAAAUGGAUGGACAGCUCUGCUGCACGCCGUGGAUGCAGAUCAGUUGGAGUGUGUGAAGCUACUAGUUGGAGGAGAGUUUAGUAUGUGUGAUAACUAUCAGUCGUUGGCUAUAGAUUACUGCAAAGAAGGUCCCGUAAAAGACGUCCUACUGAACCAUUACAUGUGCAGCCUACAAACGUAG